CAACGCUCUCGACUCAACAUGGCGCCGACAGCAACAAACACAUCAGCAGGCCCAGCCGCUACUUCAAACAGCACAGGAAAUACGUCCUCCUCAACCGCACAGGCCAUAGACGUUCCAGCGGCCUCAUCCUCGAUGCCGGAAUCCCUUGAAGAAGCACAACAACGCUACCACGCCCUCAAAUCUCACCUCGACUCCUGCCUCGCCAAGAAGCGCACGAUCGACCGCUCUCUCGCCGACCUCGAGUCCCAAAUUUGGCUCUUCGAGGGAUCCUAUUUCCAGUCCACGGCCGCGUCCGGUGGAAACAUCAUCAAGGGCUUCGACAACUACCUCAAAGCGACGGCAGGGCUGGGUGCGGCGGGGAGCUCAGGUGGUAGAGGGGCAGCAGCGGCGGCUGCAGCGGCUGCUGCUGCUGCUAGCAAUCCGGCUGCACAGCUUGCAAUGGAGAAUGGAGAGGUCCCGCCAGAAGAUCGCGUCUUCUCUGCGAGCAGCUUGACGUACCAGCGUAGCUUGGAGUUGAAAGCCGCUGAAGAGAUGGCGAAGCAGAGAGCGGCUAGCGCCGAUGCUGCUGCCGCACGUAGUGGAGCCAGCUCCAAGAAGGCUGGUGGCUCGGGCGCUGCUGCUGCUGAAGGGAGUGAAGGGACCGGAACAGUCAAAAAGAGCAAGAAGGAGAAGAAGGACAAGGGGAGGCAAAGUCAGGCGGCCGAGGAUAGUGAAGUCGCAACGCCUACUGCGAAGGAAAAGAAGGACAAAAAGAGGAGAAGGGAGGAAUAGCGAUGAGACGGCAAGUCUCGUCUGAUGUCCGAGGACAUCCUCGACCUGUCAUCAAGAGAUCGACCGCAUCUUUCGCUGCCAGCGGACUCAUCCAGACACACUUGGGAGCCUCCAAGAUUCUUCACCAUAUGUCACGCGAGACGAAGGCCGGGCUCCGUGCUCUCAAUCCUCGCCCACUCACGGUCAAGCUGGCGAGAUGCUCCGUCGUUCAGACGCGCGUGACCACUCUCACUCCCACCCUUUCUCACCAGGGUCGAAGCCUCGAGACAGAGUCAGGGGCCCUACGCUCUACAGGGUCACGCUGGAGCAGAUGCGGGAGAAAGAUAUCGGAUGGUUCAGAGUAGAAGUACAGAUGGAUAGAACAGAGAGGAACCACUGGAGGCAGGCGAAGGCGAAGGGACGCAAGGCUUCUCGUGGAGAAGCUCGAUCCCUCACUGCAAUACGAAGCCUGAAGGGCAUCAUUUCUUCUUCUUGGCGC